AUGAAUACUGACUUGCAGAAAGCAUUUGGUGUAGAGCUAGCUGGUCAGGAAAUAUCAUUAUUAGGGUGGAAAGGAGUUGAGAGAAGAUUGUCGUGUUGGACAUUUGAUGCAUCUCUGCCUAUUAGAAGGCAAAGUUUAUACAGCAUUCUGCAUGCUCACUCUCUAAGGGACUGGUACAAUUUAGAAAAGUCGAAGCGUGUAAAGGCAUUCCGUUGUGGUGAGUUUGAUGACUGUAUUGAAAGGGCUGAAGCAUCCCAGGGUAUGCCUCCUAAAAAGAGAGAGAAAUAUGCUCGCAGAGAAGAUGCAAUACUUCAUGCUCUUGAACUCGAGAGGCAAACAUUUGAGAAAAGAUAUGGAAAAGUAGGUUUUUCUACUAAUGGUGUGCGUAAAAAUAAAUCACCAAAUGAUAUAAGGGGACAGCUAUUGAUGUCUUCAGAAAACUUGGAAAUGGGAAAGGGCAGAGAUUUGCAUUCGGAAGCUCAUUUAGAUUUAAGGAGUUCACAUUCACAAAGUACACCCCUCACUGACCAAGUUAUUAUUUCUGAGAGUGUCAAGGUAGAAAAUGAAUUCUGUGCAGAUGAUGGCGAUUCUGAAGUAACUCCCAGGAUUAGAGAAUUGAGGGACUUUGGGCUUCAAAUUGUGCCUUCAAGUCUCAAAAUUUCUCCUUCUGCAUCUCUAAAUGGUUCUUCUCUUAACCCUUUAUCGGGUAGUGGUGCUAAAACUCAUCGAAAUAAUGUUCUUGACCUAGAAGAUGUAGUUGUUGAUGGUGGGAUUGAGAAUUUAUCAGAGAAAAGAAAAAGACUAUGCGAGGGUUUAGGUUCUUGUGAUGAUAUUCUUUCUAAAAGGCGUGAGAGGUGCCUUCCUAUCCUUCAAGUUCUAGAGUGUUCAAAGGCACUCAGUCCUCACCCUGAGGCUGAUGGUAGCACUGUGAAUUUGACCUCAAUGUCAGAAGAUGAGCAGCCAGGGAGUAGCAGAUGCAACACUUCCGGGCUCCAUAGAGAUCUAGAAGAUGACAAUAUUGGGUCCACCGAAGAUACCGAAACUGAUUCAUGUGAGACAGAUUCUCUGGAUUCAGAUACCGAUGAGAUGGCUUCACUUUCAGAACUGCAACCGAAAUAUCCUCAACGCAGAAGAGGAGGAAACUCCUCGCAAAAAUUGGAUAGGUUCAUUCCCAAUCGAUCGGCCAUGGAUUUUGACUAUGCUCAUUACAUGCUCACUGAAGGUAGGAAAGGUAAGGAAAACCCUAACUCUGGUGCAGGAAGUUACUCUUCUCCUUCUAGAGAGGCCUACAGGAAGCUGCUUGCAGAAACUUUCAACAUGAAUAGGACCAGGAUCCUUGCUUUCAAGAACAAGCCCCCCACACCUGUGGACCCUUUCCCCAACGACUUCCUCUCUGCUGGUUCUGCUGCUAAUCAAGCCACCUCCAAGACCGCCAAACCCCGUCGUUACAUCCCUCAGUCUUCGGAGAGGACCCUAGAUGCUCCUGAUAUUCUGGACGAUUAUUACUUGAAUCUGUUAGACUGGGGGAGCAGCAAUGUCCUUUCCAUUGCUCUUGGAGGCACAGUCUACUUGUGGGAUGCAACGGAUGGAGCCACAUCUGAACUUGUCACCAUAGACGAUGAGAGUGGACCAGUGACAAGUGUGAAAUGGGCACCUGAUGGAAGACACAUUGCUGUUGGUUUGAACAAUUCCGAUGUUCAGCUUUGGGACUCCACCUCUAAUAGACUGCUGAGAACUCUGAAAGGUGGACAUCAAUCACGCGUUGGUUCAAUGGAUUGGAACAACCACAUUUUGACAACUGGAGGGAUGGAUGGACAGAUCAUUAACAAUGAUGUCAGAAUAAGAUCGCACAUAGUUGAAACCUACAGGGGACACCAUCAAGAAGUUUGUGGUCUGAAAUGGUCAGCAUCUGGUCAGCAACUAGCAAGUGGUGGAAAUGACAAUCUCCUCCACAUAUGGGACAGAUCCAUGGCUUCCACUCAGGCUGCAACCCAACAGCAAUGGCUGCACAGGCUCGAAGAUCACACAGCGGCUGUGAAAGCCCUUGCCUGGUGUCCUUUCCAAUCUAACUUGCUUGCUUCAGGUGGUGGUGGAGGCGACCGAUGCAUCAAGUUCUGGAAUACACACACUGGGGCCUGCUUGAAUUCAGUUGACACGGGCUCACAGGUAUGUGCCCUGCUGUGGAACAAGAAUGAGCGUGAACUGCUUAGCUCGCAUGGUUUUACUCAGAAUCAGCUCACUCUCUGGAAAUAUCCUUCCAUGGUAAAGAUAGCAGAACUUACCGGCCACACAUCACGAGUUCUUUACAUGUCUCAGAGUCCCGAUGGGUGUACUGUCGCAUCUGCAGCUGGAGAUGAAACCCUCAGGUUCUGGAACGUAUUUGGUACUCCUGCUGAGGCCGCAAAACCUGCACCAAAAGCCAGUACUGAACCAUUUGCUCACUUGAACCGCAUUCGUUAA